AGAUUGAGUCAGCUCUCAGUUUGUGGAAGAUUACAUGCCAGACCCCGCGCGACCACGCAUCCCUCUGCCGGGUCAGCCUUUGCUACCGCCUGUGAGACAUUUCGUCCCGGAGCCCCACGCCUGAGGGCGACAUGAACCCGCUGGCUUUGCGAGCAGUCCGGAUCCACGAUCGCUUUUGGCAACCCGAACCGGCGCUUCAGCCCCCGGGGUGACGUGCAGCCCGCCGCCCAGACACAUGGCCCCAAGCCCAAGACCCCAGCAUGUCCUGCACUGGAGGGACGCCCACUCCUUUUAUCUCCUGUCCCCACUGAUGGGCUUGCUCAGUCGGGCCUGGAGCCGCCUGAGGGGCCCCGAAGUCCCAGAGGCAUGGCUGGCAGAAACAGUAACAGGAGCAGAUGAGAUAGAGGCUGCGACUCUGCUGACACCCGCCCCUGUCUCUGAGAACCACCUCCCUCACGGGAAGGCUGAAGAAAGUGGAUCUCCCGAACAGAGUCAAGCAGCCCAGAGGCUCUGCCUUGUGGAAGCCGAAAGUUCCCCUCCUGAAACUUGGGGACUUUCAAAUGUUGACGAGUACAAUGCGAAGCCCGGACAAGAUGGCCUUAGAGAGCAGGAAAUGGACCGCACAGCUGGCAUGCCCGCACUACAGCCCGCUCGCCUGCAAGGGGCUGAUAAGAGGCUUGGGGAGGUGGUGGCUAAAGAGGGGGUGGCUGAACCCGCUUAUCCCACAUCACACUGGGAGGGUGGUCCAGCUGAGAAUGAAGAGGAUGGAGAAACAGUGAAGGAGGCCUACCAAGCCUCUGCUGCUUCCAGAGCUCCAGGAUACAAACCCAGCACUCCUGUGCCUUUCUCGGGGGAGGCAGAACAUCAAGCCACGGAGGAAAAAGGAACAGAGAACAAGGCUGACCCCUCCAACUCUCCUUCUUCAGGCUCCCACUCCAGAGCCUGGGAGUACUACACUAGAGAGAGGCCUAAACAGGAGGGAGAAGCCAAGGUAGAGGCACACGGGGCAGGGCAGGGUCACCCUUGUCGGAAUGCAGAGGCUGAGGAAGAAGGGACUGAGACGUCUUCUGUCUGUACUGGGAAGGCCUUCCUGAAGGCCUGGGUGUACCGCCCAGGAGAGGACACAGAGGAAGACGACAGCAGUGAGUCGGAUUGGGAUUCGGCCGAGGUAGACACAGCUCAGACCUGUGCCACCCCCCAUACAAGUGCCUUCCUGAAGGCCUGGGUGUAUCGCCCAGGAGAGGACACAGAGGAAGAAGACAGCAGUGAAUCGGAUUGGGAUUUGGCCGAGGUAGACACAGCUCAGACCUGUGCCACCCCCCAUACAAGUGCCUUCCUGAAGGCCUGGGUGUAUCGCCCAGGAGAGGACACAGAAGACGACACAGAAGAAGACAAUGAGAAUGUGGCCCCAGGUGAUUCAGAAACAGCUGACUCAAACCAGAGUCCCUGCCUUCAGCCCCAGCAUUGUCUACCAGAAGAGAAAACCCCAGUCUUCCAAGUGGCCUUCUAUUUACCUGGAGAGAAGCCACAAUCACCUUGGGCUGCUCCUGAGCUGCCCCUUCGACUGCAGAGGCGGCUCAGAUUGUUCAAAGCCCCCACCCAGGACCAGGAACCCGAGCUUCCUCUAAAGGCUCGGAAGGUACACUUCUCUGAGAAAGUCACAGUCCAUUUCCUUGCUGUCUGGGCAGGACCGGCCCAGGCUGCCCGUCGCGGUCCCUGGGAGCAGUUUGCACGAGAUCGGAGCCGCUUUGCUCGACGCAUUGCCCAGGCAGAGGAGAAGCUGGGUCCCUACCUUACCCCGUCCUCCAGGGCCAGAGCAUGGGCACGCCUUAGAAACCCAUCUCUUCCACAGCCCGAGCCUGGCUCUUCCCCUGAGGCCACUCCCUUGAGCCAAGAUGUGACCACACCCUCUCCCCCUUCUCAGUGAAACCCCUCCUCCCAGCCCUGGGAGGGAGGCGGGGCUAAGCUUGAGUAGUUUCCUGUUAUUUAUUUUUUUUUAAAUAAGAAAUAAAGCCUUUUAAUUUGUA